AUGAUAGGACCUUUCCAAUCUGAGCACCUAUCCUGUGGAGAAAGUUUGACUGAUAAUUCGGGGCAGAAGGUAAAUUUCACCCCGUGCGCAGCUGCCGAAAGUGGAAACUAUCUGUAUGCGGUAUGCACUUCACAAGGAAGUACUACGGACAUCUUUAAUUCAGGCAUCCUUUGCAAUAGUGAUCUGUCCAGCGAAGAGAGAACUUUGUAUCCGUGUCGUAGUUUAAGUGGAUAUUCCAACGAAGAAGUACUAUAUGGUUACUCUCCCAGGAGAAACAGACAGAAUUCGAUGUUAAAUAGGAGCAGAAAAGUGUCGAACAAAUCAAGAGCCAUAUAUAAAAGAACAGGAAAGAAAUAUCAAAGGAAAAAUCUUAGUAAGAACAAUUCCAUAUCCUUUGAUGUUGUCAGCCAAGGGAAGAAAGAAAUCGGCAUGAAGAGCUUUGAUGAAGGCAGAUUCAGACGGCUACCUGCACUUGACACAAAGAAGGAUACGUUUUCUAUCCCCAACACAGAAGAUUCUGCUAUGAAGAACAUGUUUCUCCGCAAUGUCCAUAGGACUGACUCCCCUACUAAUGGUGGGAACAUCAGCGCAAAUCGGAACGAUGACCUACAUGUGGUUACCUUUAAGUGCUGUGUGGAUUGUAUUGGGCACGCGCGUUGCACGAAUUAUAUGACUGCUGAUGCGACUGCCGGAACUGAGGCAGAGCUUCCCCGCAUGGAGGACCGAAACGGAAAAGAUGAGGUAAACUUCAAGGCUGACAAUUCCAACAACGCUGACCUGAAUAACAAAGGAGAUACACAGCUUAGUGAACAGAAGCAGGGGAACGAGCACAAAGAAGAAAUGUACAAUUGCACAUAUGAAAAUGAUAACCCAGAAAAAGGCAAAAGAGAAUGUUUCUGGAAAAAUGGAGGCCUCAUAGAUGAAAAGGAACAAACAGAUGCAUAUAAUGAUCUGGUUGAAAAAAGCACACUGCAUGAUGGAAAGGAAAACAAAUUGGAGCUUCCAGUUAGCAUGCAAGAGAAGAGUCCCUCGGAUAAUCCUCCCAAGGAUGGAAGAUGGAGAAGAAAAAGAACUGCAUCCAAUAAUGGAAGCAACGUUUCAGCACGGAAGAAUGUAAAAAAGGAUUGCAAAUGGAACACACAAAUAUGUCCAAACGAAAACUCAAAAGAACACAUGUACAUUGAAGGUUUCAAUGAUCAGUUGAAUAACCCUUGGAGGAACGAUGAGCAAGGACACUAUGGGAAGGAGAAGCAAAUAUACGUCCCAUGCAGCACGAUCGAAGAAGCACUAGAAUCUAAUAAAAUAGGAGCCCCUUCAAAAUGGCGCAGAAAUACAGAAUCAAUAGGGGGUUGUAAAGAGCAUCCUAAGGAGGAAAAUCUGAUUAAUAGCUGGAAUAAGUGGAAUGUACUCUCCACCGAUGUGAACAAAAAUGUAGCUCUUUGUGAAAGCGAAGGAUAUAUUCCUCACCAGGAAAUGAAAGAGGAGCAUGCAGAGAAUUAUCAAAUGAUGGAGAUUGGGAUAACCAGGAACGAACAUAUGUGCGAGAGCAAUUUAGCUGUUCCACUUAAUCAUUUUAAUGCUGCUACUCAAGGAGAGAAUUACUACAUGGCGAACAAAAUUGGCACGGAUAAGACGGCAUAUCCAUGUACUAACGAACUUGCCCUGUCGAAAGAGACACAAUGGAAUAGGAACAACUAUGGAAAGGUGGAAUCUUCCAUAGAAGGGCUUUUAGGAAGAAGAAUUUGGGAAGAAAAUUUCUAUGAGGGGCAACACAUAACGGGUGAUAUUUCAAACGAACAUAUUCUGAGGGCAGACAUAUGGCAGGGGUACUCUACGGCAGGUUACCCGGUAGGGGGCAACCCGGUGGAGAACUGCCCGGUAAGGAGUCACGCGAUGGAAGAUAACCCUGUUGAGGCCUACCCAUUGGAGAGUUACCCUGUGGACAUAUACCCGGUAGAAAGCUACCCUUUGGAAAUAUACCCGUUGGCUAGUAACUGGGUAGGUAGUAACCCCCUGGAGAAUUACCCCCCUCGUUGGGUUAUAAAAAAGGAGCAAUGCUAUUCUGUACCUGAAGUACCUGUAGAAGUAGAGGCCUUCGCGUGGGAAGCAGCGAAUCUAUCGAAGAGAGAAGAGCUGGGAAAGCAAGAAAAACAAAAUGCUCAUAUGAAUACGUGUUUCUUGUCAAAUAUGAACAAAGAGGAGUUAACUCUUCCAUCUAAGGUUACAAACAUGGAAGCACAUGCAAAGGGAAAAAUUAAUGUUCAUUCGAUUCUUAAUAACAACAAAUGUUGCAGUUGCAGAAUGAAGGGAAAAAUAAAAAUGGAAGUGCCUGAUCUUGUCGUGUACUUUACCCAAGGGGCUACCUCCUCAAAAUUGCACACCAUCGCGAACAUCGCAGGAAAUACAGCAACGGGCGCAAGAACGAGUAGUAUAAUUCAUGUCCCGAAUAAUGACAAUCUGACAGAUACGCUAAGCAACAAGUUUGACUUGAAGAACCAUACGGACAUGUUAUAUUUCAUUCAGGGUGGAUUGCGCGAUGAUAGGCGGAUAGUUUGUUCUCACACGCACAUGUUAGAUCCGAGUGUAAGUGCAAAUAUGCUCAUGCCAGGUGGUAGUGCAAGCACACCCCUGAUUGUCCCAAACACACACAUGGACACCCUAGGAGCUAUUGCAUACACAACCCGGAUUAGUCCAAACACAAACGUGCCCAUUCUAAUGGAUUGUGCACCAUCACGGGGUCAUGGCGAAAAUGCACUUGUGCUUCCAGGUAAUGACGUGAUACAAGCUAAUAACGAAGCAUUCAGCGUAGGAGCGAUUAACAACUAUUACAUCCCAUACCCCGGUUGGGAUAAUUAUUCCAAUUUCUGGACACAACAAAAUUUUAGUCCAUACCAAUACCCGUAUAUUAAAAGUAUGUGGCCAAAUGAGUACAUGAGUAUUUCGGUGGAGAAUUGCUCAGGCUAUCCUUACAACCACCCGAUAGGUGUGAGCCAUUUCGGGGUGCUCGAUCCGAAAUGUGCAGACAAUUAUUUUUAUCCCAGUUGGGACAAUUCGUUGCAACGUUUCGGGGCCAACGAGGUAUGCUAUUAUAAUGGGAUACGCUACGAUGGGACAUUCAAUUUCAAUGGCGCGAACUUGUUCUAUCAUAACCUGGGGUUCAACAAUUGUGAAUUCUCCCAGGAGGGGAAUAACUUCCUUUGCACCGAUGUGUUCCCAAACUAUGGUGGUAAUUCCUGCGUUACCAGCACGUACCAUAACUUCCCCUCCUCCCAAGCGUUAAUUACACAAGGUUACAGUUAUUACCAAAAUGAUCCCCAAAUGGCAAUAUCAAAUGCUUCAUAUAACUUAAAGGACCAAUACAAGCAAAACGGUAGCAAUAAAAGAGAUUUGUUUUCCAGGUGUUCAGUCAGAGGCGAAUACUAUUGCACCCCUAAUACAAACAGUACAAGAGUUAUCCCAGAAAAUAACUUUUUCCUCAUCGAAGGGAAUAAUAAUAGCAUUAUUGGUCACAUUAGGAGGGAACAAAUGAAUCCAGAAGACGGGACGGAUGUCAUCCCUGAUGUUAGUUAUCAAUCCGUUCCGUAUAUUCACGGAGCUGCAUGGAAUGGUAACCCCCAUAUUUCCGCAAAUAAUUGUUCAAGCUAUCCAGUUGUUAACCUUAACGAAGGGGAAAGUUACAGUCCUGGUGCAGUUGGCAAAUGGGAGGUAAUGCCCCACGAGAGUAAGAACAACGAAGGCAAUGAUGAUUGGAGAACAAAGGAAAACACAGCACGAGAAUUAGAAGCCACUAAUGUCCAAGUGAGCGAUCAGGAGCGUGAUAUGGGGGGACACCUUCCUGGAGAUGGAAAAGGGGGGCAUACGAAUGGUAUUGAGGUGAAGGUAAAAAGGAAGGCUUCGAGUGAUGUCCAAAGUCAUUACGAAAGUUGUAAUGAAAGUGACGAUCAGCCUGACGAUCAACCUGACGACCUGCAGAGGAUAGCUGUCAGUAGCCCACACAACACCCCCACUCCAAAGAACGACGAAUGUGUGCAUGCAAACGGGAAAAUUGGAGAAGCGAAUUCACUAAAUUAUUACAGAACAAAAUGUACUAGAGAAGGUACAAAUAAUUACAACAAGCAGGGGGUAGAGAACUUAAGUACGGACAGAGGAAAUAGCAUCAUCAACCGUGACAUACGUUAUGAAGUUUGCUUUCUGGAGAAUGACUACAAAGGCAACUGCUGUGCUGCUUUAUGUACCAAUCGGGACGACACAUUGGCACGUCCAGGAAGCGCAAACAAAAUUUUAAAAAAUAUAUCUGCAUGUGAUAGGUGGAAUAGUGGGAAGGAAAGGAAGAAUCUGUGUAGUUACAGCCCAAAUGGUGAAAGAGAAUACGAUGCAUGCGGUCAUUGGAGUAGAAUUGAUUUACCCUAUUUUUCGAAUCAUCAUGUGUACAAAAUACGCUACCCUGUGGAUCAUGGGUACUCACAUUCUCCCCAUUCGUUCAGAGGGGACAUGGUAAGUAACUGGCACUUAAGUAGUCUGGGUGCAACUAAUCAGGUUAACUUGCACUGUGCCGAUUUUUUCAGGAAUUAUGUUAAUGUGAAUGCUCCCGAAAGUGUUGCACACGUCACUGGCGGUGGUAGUUAUCCCAGAGACAAUUUUUACAAUUUGAACUGGUACGGAUAUGCCCAUAGGUUGGGUCAUUCCGGUACACUAGCGAACGCAGUUACCUUCAAUCAUGCGUGUUGGCCUAGUUAUACAAGCCAUCCUCAACACCCCUACGAUUUAAACUACUACACGUAUUAUAACCACACAAAUGAACACCCCCUGGACUACCAACACUUCCCAAAUGAUAAAAAUUUCGGGGUCAAUUGGAACCAUUCUAGAGAGACCUUCCAACUAUGCUUGCCCCAUUGUUACGCCAACAUUGACUACACCCUGGAGAAGCCUUUUUAUUUCCUUGACAACUAUUUCCUUGCUGCGUCAGAUGAGGUGAGAAACCUCUCCGUUAACAAGAUCAAUACGAUUGAGACAAAUGUGAGUAGGGUAACAAAUGGCAUUGCUUUAAAGGACUUAAUACAGGGUACCAAUUCUUCUGAAGGCACAAACAUUUUUAGAAUAAAGAGCGAACUGGCAAAUGAAGAUGAUAUCAGCCCCACUAAUGUUCCCAUUAGCUCCAAAUGUAACAACACAUUUGACAUAAAGACCAGUCCGCUUCACAAUAAAACAUAUAACCUUUUAAGUAUUUCCACAAAAUGUGAUAGCCUUGGUUUUAAUAACGAUGAUGGUGCCCUCGUCCAUGGUGGAGCAUCCCCCACUGGAGUGAACCAAAGAGAGAAGGUCAAUACGAUUGCUGUGAAGGAAGAACACUACGGUGCGUGCAUUCUUGAAGGGGAUAGCAAUACCUUUCAAAUAGGUGAAGGAAAUGGAAGUAAAGACGGGGCGGAAGUCAAUACACAUGCAUGGGGGGAAAAAUAUUUUGGUUCAUGUGUAAUGGAGAAUAUGGAAAAAUGUGAAGACGGAAUAAAGCUGCAAAAGUUGGGAAGUAGUCAAAUGUGUGUGCCACGCGUGAAGGCGGAAGAGGACGGAAACGGUGCGGAGAGUGAUACCGCCUGUACCCCGCUGAACUGCGCACACUGCAAGAGCGAAGGAGAUAUGUACAUUAAUGAAGGAAUGAGAGAUGAAUGUAGCAUCUUCGUCAAAAUAGAAAUAAAUGAAAAGGGAGACGCUAAUAACGGAGACGUAAGUGGCUAUCAAAACAAAACUGAGUGCACACAUGAUGAUGGAAAUAUUGUGCAACACUUAAAUGGAAUGGAUGCACAUUUGGAAAAUAUGAAUUGCAUGUACACCGACGGGGAAUACAAUUACUUGAAUGAGGAAUAUUUUUUGAACAACUGCGUGAAUGAAGUGAACUCCCCGAACGAUAUAUGGCAAGGAAGAAAUUCUUUGAGUUAUGCAGACUAUGAGGAGUACAUGGAACAGUACAGUUACUCCCAUUCGCACAUGUCUGGGAUGUGUGCUCACUUGGACGAAGAGAGCAAAGAGGAGCUCACGGAUGGGAGGAAUGGCGACAGCGAAGACAAUGGUAGUCACAGUGAAAGUGUCCAUGGGAGCGUCAGUAGGAGUGACAGCGAAAGGGAUAGCCUCGAUGAUCGCACAAAUGAAAGCGUCCCCCACAGCACAGACAGGCCGCUGGAAUGCGAAAAUAAUAUGUACGGCAGUGAGCACGUAAGUGAUUCCCUAUACUGUACAGGCCAUAUUGCCAAUAACAGCAGUGUCAUUUAUUCCGACAUGCCAGCCGAUGGAGGAAAUGAGGAUGCAAUUUUAGAUGAAACUGAUUUCGACGGCAUGAAUAGUGAACAGUACAAUGGUACCUCCCCUGGUGGGAUUAACAACACGGAUGGCAACAUAGUAGAAGGAUACUCCUAUGGCUACCUUUCUGAGUUAUUGAGCAACUACCUAUAUUGUUACGCACAUGGAGUAAGCACCCACUCAGAUGAGGACGGAAACCAAUCAGUGAUCCCAAGUUGCACGCCGGAGAACACAAAUGGAAGUACCCAGGAUGCAGAAAACAUCUCCGAUGAACAGGUUGACAGGUUAAGUUGUGAAUAUACCGAAAGUGACAGUGAUGGGGCGAAUGAAUCGGAUGAAGACACGGAUGAAGAGGUCAACUCGGAAAACCCUACUGACGAGAAGGGGAGUGUAUGUAUGCCUAACGUGGGCAGUGUAAACAACACUAGCACGGGCAACACGAUUAUCACAAACAUAGGUAGUGAAAGCAGGGCCAACACAACCAGCAGUACGCGCACGACCGAAAAUAGCCGCAGCACUAACGACGGAGACAAUUCUCCAAAUAGAGUCAACAGAAUAAAGAGCGAAAUUACCACAUGCAGCGUUAAUGAUACACAGAAAGAGGACGGAUGCAUCAAGCAAUGCAAAGGUGAACAAAUGGACCACACAAUAAAAAUCAAAUCGGAAAAAGAACUGAAAAAAAGAGGAAGAAAAAGAAAAAAUGCAAAUGAUUUUACAUAUGUACAGGAAAAAGAAAUAGUGAAAAAGAGAUAUAAUAUACAGAAGGAAGUGGUCCUAACUAUGGAAGAAGGGGAUCUAAAAGUCAUCGCUGAAGAAAUUAUUAAGAAUACUCGUUUGUUACCAAAGAGGGGACCCAACGGUAGGAGUACCCUGGAUUCUUCUCAUCCCAUGCAUAGCGUGUGGAAAGACACAUACGGGGGGAAUUGUUCAUGGAGAUGCAGAUGGUGGGAAAAUGGGAAACGAAUAAGUAAAAACUAUAAUAUCAAAAGAUAUGGAGAGGAAGAUUCUUUGAAAAUGGCUAUCAUUACAAAGUUGAGAAAUAGCUCACCAGAAGAACGCAUCCUUUAUUUGAAUUACCAGAGGGAAUUUCUAAAUUUCUGCUACGCCAAUAAUUGGAUACCAAAAGGGGAAAGCGACAGGGGGGAGGAGGAUCAAGAUGCUGCUAAGGAAACAACCGAGAAGGACGACUUGUUGAACGGAGAACAAAGAAGCAAUGAAGUAGGGGACAUGGAUGCACAGGAAACUAACAAGCAAUGUGAUCAGGAAAAGGAUUCAGAAGCAACUACUUCGAGUGUUCCCCUCAUUACAUGCAGCACAAACAACUUCUCCGAUGAUGCAAGUGCACCACUCCAUGGGCAUAACCUCCGAAGUAGAAACAAACGCACUCUUUGCACCAACACAGGAAGUAGCAAGAAGUGCCGAAUCCUUAAGUGUAAUGCCGACGACCCGAACAUCGACACUGUUGGGCACCAUCAGCAAGGCAAUGGAACAAACGCCAUAAACGAAAGAAAUGCAGAGCACGCUUUAAGCGAACGGAGCGCGCUAAAUGCGGUGAAGGCUGAGGUAGAGGUAAAGUUGGAAAUGAUGUGA